UACUAGCAUCAGAUGCGCUUGUGUGUGUUGUUGCUUAUAAAUUUGUAUAAAAAACAACCUCAUCCAAUCUUUGCAGGCUGACCAUCAUUGUUUUGACGAUCUGUGACUGUGUGGACAGGCAUCAGUCACUAACAAAGCAGGCCUCUAGUCAAGUCAACAAAGGACAGAGCCAGAGGAGAUAUGAAGUCAUCUAAAGCCCUGUACCUUUGCUUGAUGGCAGGCCUAGUGCUUAUCCAGCUAGGACACGCCAAGAUCAAGGAGAGGGACUACACAAACUUCUCCAGCAAUGUGAUUGCAUCCGUGACCUAUGACCCUGCCCAGGAGACCUUUGACAUUGUGAAAGGCAGGGUGGACAAUGCAGUGGCCUGGGCAAACUUUACAGAGUCUGUUAACCAGACAGGAUGGUCUCAUCUGACAGUGACUACCAACGGGUCAUACGCUGACUCCAUCCAAGCCUACGGUGCGGGCUUGGCCGAGGGUCAUGCUACGGCUCCAUUCAUCUUCAUGAACUGGAUGAACACCAUCAAUACCUUCUGUGAGGACGAGACGGAGUACUGCCAGAAGCUCAAGACGUUCCUGACCACGAACCUGGAGUGGAUGCAACAACAGAUCAAACUCAAGCCGCAGGAUCCCUAUUUCCAUCAGCUGAAUCUGCUUUUGAUACAGAUAUCUGGACUACAUGACGGCUAUGUAGAAAGUCCAGACCAUCCUCAGAUAGACCUGGACCCGUUUGGAUUCCUUCUUUUUCAAACUGGGGGAGACAUGGAGGACCUAGAGAGUGCCCUCGGCAAGUCCAAGAAGGAAAGGUUACUUGGAGAUGGCCACUGCUCUGCGCUCAUUAAGCUGUUGCCUGGCAACACGGACCUCUUUGUAUCACAUGACACGUGGAACGGAUACCAGGGCAUGCUGAGGAUCAUCAAGAAGUACGACUUUGCGUUUCAUCUCACAGAAACGUCGGAUGAAGUUGUCCCUGGUCAAGCUGCAUCCUUCUCAUCAGCUCCUGGUAUGCUUCUCUCAGGAGAUGAUUUCUACAUCACCACCUCUGGCUUGGUAACCAUAGAGACGACCAUUGGAAAUUCCAACAACGAGCUGUGGAAGUAUGUACAGCCUACGGGUCAGAUCUUAGAAUGGGCUAGGAACAUCAUCGCCAACCGACUGGCAAAGAACGCUUCGCACUGGGCAGACAUCUUUGCUGAAUACAACAGUGGCACGUACAAUAACCAGUGGAUGAUUGUCGAUUACAACAAGUUCACCCCGGGGCAGACUCCAUCAGAUGGACUCCUAGUAGUAUUAGAACAAAUCCCUGGAAAGAUACACGCAGAAGACAUGACGUAUUUCUUGAAAGAGCACUCCUACUGGCCAAGCUACAACACACCGUUCUUUGUAGAUAUCUACGACAAGAGUGGCUGGCCCGCCGAGAAACGCAGGUAUGGUGAUUGGUUUUCCUACAACAAGACUGCCAGAGCUAACAUCUUUAGGAGAAACCAGACAGAGGUGACCGAUCUGGAAUCCAUGAUUAAACUCAUGAGGUAUAAUAACUACGAGCACGACCCUCUGUCCGCGUGUGACUGCAAACCACCGUACAGCGCGGAGAACGCUAUCGCUUCCCGGUCCGAUCUGAUGCCAGCCAAGGGCCGCUAUCCAUUCUCAGCCCUAGGACAUCGCCUCCAUGGAGCUACUGACAUGAAGGUAACUACAAGUUCUAUGGUGAAGAGCCUGUCAAUGGUCGCCGUGUGCGGACCCACGACCGAUCAGCAACCUCCUUUCCAGUGGAGCAAGUCUGACUUCAACCAAACCCUUCACCUGGGACAUCCAGACCUGUUUAACUUUAAACCCAUUAACGUGCAGUGGUACGAUUAGAAUAGAAAUGAAAAGAGAGAGAGAAAAAGAGAGGGGUGGAAAGGAAGAGAGAGAGAAAGAGGGAGAUAGGUGAG